AUGAUCUCUCAGGAUGAAUGGGUGAAGAAUAUCCAGGACAUAAAGGGGGAAGUGCUGUGUGUGCCGCAAUUUACGCUCCACGACGCCCUGGAAAAGGGGAAAAAGUAUGAAAAAGCUGACGAAGACGCUGUACGUCAAAUAUACGAUUACUUUAUUGAACAGCUUCGCGAAGCCUGCCUGCCAGAUCAGGUGAAUAAUAGCGUCUUGGAAACGAAGGUGGAUGUUGAGCUGCUCGAUGAUACACCCAUACGUUUCAACUAUCACAGUGCAGACGAAACGGUCAAGAUUAAAAUCAAUACCCAGAUGGCGAAGAAAGGAAAACUCGAAGACGGGAAGUAG